CCCAUCUUUCUGUAAGGUCGAAUUUUCACGACCCACUUAGUAUUUCUUGAUGAUCAUAUGUGCUAAAUUUUAAAGUUCAAAAUUUUCUAUUCUCCAUCCAUUCGAUCCUUAGUAGAUAGAGUUAUGCUGAUACCUCCCUUGUUGUACUCUUUAGUUGGCAGUUUCAUCUCGUUUGAAUUGAAUCCAUCAAGAUACUAUCGCUUGAUAUCAACGAGGCGGCAGCUCUAGUACCGGCUAGAGGCUUCAUUUGCAGAAUAUACAUAUAUAGCUAAGAAUUAAGGUGUGGGAUCGCUACUGGGCUCGUCUGUUUCUUAAUGGAAGUUGAAGCUAUAGGUGCUUCUUGAUAACGUACCGUCGGAAGAAGGGAAGAGAAGAGAAGAGAAGUAGAGAGUUGAGAGAAAUGAAUAAGAGUCUGCAGAGUCAUCAAUUGGGGUCGGGCAUCAGCAGUUCUGAUCUCAUAGAUGCAAAGCUUGAGGAGCAUCAGUUGUGCGGAUCCAAGCACUGUCCUGGUUGUGGUCACAAGCUCGAUGGAAAGCCGGACUGGGUAGGUCUACCAGCCGGGGUGAAAUUUGAUCCAACAGACCAGGAGUUGAUAGAGCACCUUGAAGCCAAAGUCGAAGGCAAAGAAUCAAAAUCACAUCCUUUGAUUGAUGAGUUCAUCCCCACCAUUGAAGGAGAAGAUGGGAUUUGCUAUACUCAUCCUGAGAAACUUCCAGGAGUUACAAGAGAUGGGUUGAGUAGGCAUUUCUUCCACAGACCAUCAAAGGCUUACACCACUGGCACAAGAAAGAGAAGAAAAAUUCAAACAGAAUGCGACUUGCAAGGUGGAGAAACCCGGUGGCAUAAGACAGGCAAGACUAGGCCGGUCAUGGUGAACGGCAAGCAAAAGGGUUGCAAAAAGAUUCUUGUUCUCUACACAAACUUCGGCAAAAAUAGAAAACCCGAGAAGACUAAUUGGGUCAUGCACCAAUACCAUUUGGGACAGCAUGAAGAAGAGAAAGAAGGAGAGCUUGUGGUUUCCAAGAUAUUCUAUCAAACUCAGCCAAGGCAGUGCAACUGGACGGAGAGGGCUACCACAAAUGCAGGCGAAGGAACAAAUGAUUCCAUUACUAGAAGAGACAGCGGUGGCGGAAGCGGAAGCUGUUCUUCCAGGGAAAUAAUGACUAGUCAUGGAGAUGAACUGUCUGCUGCUGCUGUUGGUGCUGCAAUAUCAAGUUACGGUGCUUUGGACAUUCAGCAAUUGAAAGCUGACCAAUUUAGCUUUCUUCCAUAUAGGAAAAGCUUUGAUGAGGGUGGAAUUGGGGAGCCUUCAAUUGUAAGGGAAGGUCCAGGUGUUGCAGCAGCAGCAGCAGCAGUGGGCACGUGCGAAGAGCGUGACAUCCCUGAACACCAGAGGCAACAUCACGUGACUCAUGAGCUUCAUCACCAUCAUCAUCAUCAUCAUCAGCAGAUUCCAACAACAGCAUUCCACAUCACUCGGCCUUCCCACUCCAUUUCAACCAUCAUCUCUCCACCGCCCCUUCAUCACACUUCAGUCAUUCUCGACGACGACUCCUUCCACCAUGUCUCCAGACUCAUGCUCCCAACUGAUAAUUUUCAGCAACAUCAGCAGCAGCAGCAACAGCCACAACAACAACAACAUCAUAAACUCGGAGGAAGGUCUGCUUCUGGGUUGGAGGAGCUCAUUAUGGGGUGCACAUCUACUGACAUCAAAGAAGAGUCAUCCAUCACAAACCCACAAGAGACAGAAUGGUUGAAGUACUCCUCAUUCUGGCCUGAUCCUGACAACCCGGAUCAUCAUGGGUAGGAGCAAUAAAACCAUACUAAAGCAGCCAAAAACAACCACCACCCACAGACACACUCAUGCUCAUGAUCAUUAGUACUUGAAGAAGCAAAGUUCCUGAAGUUCUUUUAAAUAAGUGGCCUGCAGGAGAGACCAUCUAUAUAGUUUUUCCCUUUAUCUAUAUAUCUUUUUCACUGGAGCAAAUGCCUGGUAAGGUCCUAAGAUCUGAUGGCUCAACUGAACUAACUGUACGACAACCCAAUCCCCGUUGGAAAAGCAAGAAAAGAAGAGUAUAGAAAAGGAAAAAGAAAGAGAGACACACAAGGGAAGAGAAAAGAAAAGAAAAGAAACCCGAAAAAAGGCUGCUCUCUUCUGACAUGUAGAAGGGGAUGAAACCAAUGAACCUAAGUAAAGCAAAGCAAAAUCCCUCUGCAUGAAAAUCAUCACCUCUAUGAUUACCGUAUCAUCUUUAUGCCCGCCCUAUUCUUACUAUUUGUUUAUUUUUAGCUAUUUGUACAUUUUUUUGCCCUUUUGUUGUUAAUUAUCUACACAAAAACAUUGUAGGAUUUGUGCUAAGUGCAAGCCGGAAACUAUGUUAGUUGUCUUGGCACUCACUUUUAGAUGAGCAGAAGAAUAC